AUGACAACGGUAAAAGUACCGGAGAAACUCCAAACCUUGCGAGGGUUCAAAGUUUCGAAAAUUCUCAACGAUGGCAAGGACUCCUCGAGCUUUGGCAACGUCGUCGCGUUGUUAGGCACCUUCCCUGGAUUGAUGGAAGAAGAAGAAGAAGAAUCUGUCGUUCUGAAGCUUUCUCGACCGCCGAUACCGUUGGACGAUUUAGACCAACUCGCGGACGCGAUAACGCUUUACGAACGCAUGCCGUACUCAGGGAUGGAGUACGGGUACUACCACGGCGUCGUGAACAAUUCAUCCGAGACGUUUUUCGCCCCGUAUGUGUCCGUGGACGUCUUAUACCCCGGGUGUUUGAAAGAUGAAUCAAAAGAAGCAAAAGCGAAGCUCCUGGCGAAACAUAUAAGCCGCAACCAAGCGCAGAGACCGGUAAUCUUCCGCGAGAACCCAAAAACGUACGAAAAUGCGCAUUUGCCGUACAUCGAGGCGAUCCCGUCAAGUGCGAUAGGGUGGGUGCACAAGAUUUUGAACAAAGAGAAAGAACUCGAACGAUUGCUCUUCGACGACGACGACGUGAACGACGGGUUUCUCUUGAACACGGAUCCGAAGUGGACGACGCACCCUGACCCGAAGACGACGCCGAAAGAACAGUGGAUGAACCAUCCUUCAACGCGCGAGCUGUACUGUCUCGGAUUGUGUCACAGAAAAGACGUGCGGUCGCUGCGGGACUUAAGAGCGGCGCACCUGCCGAUGUUACGCGCCAUGGCGAAAAAGGGCAGGGAGGUGAUCAAAAACACGUACGGGCUCGCCAACGAGAGCUUGAGGAUAUUCGUGCACUACCCGCCGCAGUUUUAUCACUUUCACGUCCACUUCACGAACGUGUCUGUGGAACACGGCGUCAGCGCCGAGCGCGCGCACCUUCUCGACGACGUGAUUGAAAACAUCGAACGAGACUCUGAGCACUACGCGAAGCGCUCCAUCACGUGCCGCAUGGGCGAGAACGACGAACUGUGGAGGCGGUUCAAGGAAUUAGAUGAUAAAGCGGGGGCAGAGGCAGCGGACGACGACGCGAGAUAG